UAUAAACAAAUUUUCAGCCAGUUAACCCAUGUCAGACUACUUAUAAAGGUGGCUGGGAACAUUGGAUUAUAAUACUGCAAGACAGUAGUUACAGAAUACAUCAACACAUCUCAUCGCUUUGGCUACAUUAUUGCUUCCAAUCAGCAGAGUGAGACGUCUCUCCUCAUCAGAAAUAUGAAAAAAAUUACUGCUGUACUCUUUUUGAUUGCACUUUGUACUGUCUGGGUUUUCAAAGUGGAGGGUGAUGUGUCAGUAGCAACGGAAAAUCAAGUCGUUUUAAUUGUUGACAGUGAAAAUACAACAUUACUUGAGCCUGUAAAACAAUCAGUUCCUGAUGUUCCUGAUGUUCCUGCCACUAAAGAACCUUUAUCAGGGGCAUUAAUUGAAAAGCAAAAUAGUUUCGCAAUCUUCUUUAUUUUGUGUGUACUGUUUUUCUCUAUACUGUUGGUAUACCUACUCAUCAAAUUUCAUUUCCACUACCUACCUGAAAGCAUUGGGAUUGUAUUCCUUGGAGCUAUUAUUGGUGCUUUGUUCCAGGUCCUCAACUACUUCGAACUGGCUGAUUUUAAAGAAGAAGAGAUGAUGAGUCCCACUAUCUUUUUCCUGAUUAUGUUACCACCAAUUAUUUUUGAAAGUGGUUACUCAUUACACAAAGGGAACUUCUUUGCCAACUUUGGCUCCAUUUUCACCUAUGCCGUGCUAGGAACAUCUGUUUCUGCCAUCACAAUUGGAAGUGGACUAUUUGUGCUGGGAAUGGCUGAUGUCGUCUAUCCAUUCACACUUAAAGAAAGCUUAAGUUUUGGAGCUCUCAUUUCUGCUGUGGAUCCAGUCGCAACCCUGGCUAUAUUUCAAUCAAUUGAUGUGCACCCAACAUUAUACAUGUUGGUGUUUGGAGAAUCAGUGCUAAAUGAUGCAGUUUCAAUCGUAAUGUGUGACUCUGUGAUAAACUUUGACGAUUCUACCAGUACCGCUUGGGCCGUAACACUUGGUGUUGGAAGCUUCUUGAUGAAGUUCACAGUUUCCUCUCUGGUUGGUGUAAUCUUUGCACUAGCUCUGGCACUUAUUCUGAAAUAUGUGCACCUCAACAAAGUACCAUCCUUAGAAUUCUGCACAGUUGGAUUGUUUGCAUACGGACCUUAUUUCCUUGCAGACGGACUUAACUAUUCAGGUAUCAUGGCAAUAUUAGCAAGUGGCAUAGUCAUGUCCCACUAUGCUCAUUUCAACCUAUCCCCCGUAACUCAGAUCACUGUUCAACAAACCUUCAGGACAUUUGCCUUCCUAGCUGAGUCUAUGGUCUUUGCAUAUCUUGGGAUGGCUAUUUUCAGUUUUUCCCACAGUUUCAAGCCAGCGUUUGUUAUCUGGACUCUCAUAUUGUGCCUUGUUGGACGAGCUAUAAACAUUUUCCCUAUCAGUGUUAUUGUGAACAAAUUUCGUGAGCAUCAGAUAGACUUUAAGAAGCAGUUUAUUAUGUGGUUCUCCGGUCUCAGAGGGGCCAUUGCAUUCUCGCUUGCACUCCAUCUUCCGUUCCCCAACGAGAAACGGAGAGUUAUAGUCAGCACUACACUGGUGAUAGUUCUGUUUAGCAUUCUAUUUUUUGGAGGUAGUACAAUGCCACUUAUGAAGCUGCUCCAAAACGUUGAUUCUGAUGAUAAAAUUCCCACUAAACACAAGAAGCUUCCUCAAAGUGAUGAUGAUAGUGAUGAAGAUAUUGAGGACAGCGAGGCGGACGAGGAGUACCCCCUGUCUAAAACAAUGGAGAUGGGCCGGAGUAUGGAGGCUAGCCAGAUCCCAGGAGAGAGUGAGGAUAUCUGGCACGGAACCAAGGGCUUCACUGUCCUGGACAACAAAUACUUCAUACCUUUCUUCCGGAAAAAGUUUACGAAGCAGGAGAUAAAAGACGCGUAUACGAAGAUGCAGGACCUGACUAACCAGUGGCACAGUGACGUGGAGGGAGGAAAGCUGAGUGAUGAGCGGGACUGUGAUGAGUCUAGUUUGUGAGGAGAUGAUCAUGUGGCCCAGGUCUCAGAAGAACGAGAAGAGUUUCAGAAUAUUUGAAAGUUAUCAGCUAAUAAGCUGGCGAUGAGAUAAGGAACACCCUGUCACGGACCUGGGAUGAAACAUCUUCGUCAACGCAAAGCGGAAAAUAACGAUACCACCAGCUAUAGCAGCAGUCAACUAUCUGUAUGAUAUCACAGACGGAUCUAUCGGGACAGCUGUUUAUUUCCAAGUUAAAUUGUUAUUAAUAUUCAAGGAUAUUAUUAUGUUGCAGUGAUAAAACAGUGGAUGAUUUGUUUCUGAAGUUAAGUUUUCCAGAUUAGUAGAUCUAACACAGACCCUAAUCUUGUAGUCAUUUGUAGAAUCUAAGGUCAUAGGACACCUUCGCAAUACACUUAAUACUCUCAAUCACGACCUAGAAUAUUAGUUUUCCAAACUCCCAUUUGAAUAACAAGCCACAUGCUAGAUGAAACUGAAACUCUAGUAUCUUUAAGAGCUGUUCUAGUGCACUCGAUCAUGUUGUAAACCAGUAACCACAGAUUAGAUUUUAUUAGCUCAACCACACGUCUGACGGUAUGAUGAUAAAACAGGUGCGAUUAGAGCCACCUUCAUUAUAUCGGCAGAUUUCGUCUUGCUAAACAAACAAAAUCCAAUGCAAUCAGAUGUCAUAUCAGUCCGGUAAAGUUCUAGAUUGUUCCCCAUUGUAUCGUGACUCCUGAGUUGAAUCUCCACAACUUUUCCAAUCAACGAACAAUAGAAUACUCCAGGUGUUUUAGAAGUUACAGUGUCAUUGUGCGCCAGCCCUCACACAAUCUUGUGAGAUUAAAUUCUAUAUUCCACAGUGGAGUUUAUAUUCUAUAAGGCUUACAUUGUAAACCUGAUAGUUGAGAACUCUGGCCGCUCUUUAUUAGACUUGAAAAAUGUGUUAAUUUUCACACCUCAGAUCAAGUAGUAGGUGUUGGUGGUCAGCUGGUUUUGCAUUAUGGCAUACUGUUCUAGUGGUGUAGAGCUGGGAGAAAUGAGAAAAGCAGGAGACUUUUAUUAUAAUAAUGUUCGGUUAAAUGUAUUAGUACACUGAUUAAUGAUAAUUAUACAUCACACUUUAGGAGCGAGCCUGAACAUUUUCACCAUGAAAAGUCUCCCUAGAGAGGCUCUAGACUCUAUUAUGCGAUAUAUAACGAAAAACCUUCACCAAAAUUCAGUACAUGAUACCGCAGUUCCAUAACCUCACCACAAUACACAAGAGUUGGUAACCCAAGUUAACCACAUUUGAGAAGUAGCACUUCCCUCGCUGCAGUAAAACCAUGCAAGCCAAUGUGUGAAGAGCUUCAACAGACCACGUGACUGUUUAUCUCUAACAUACCACAUUGUAAGGUUUACAGAUCUGCCCUGCACUGCAGAUCUGGCGCUGCUUUGUGAGCUAUAAAUAGAAUUGAGAGUAAAAGAGCUCUUAAAGUCUUUAUCUGUGUUUUAAGAGGGCUCUACUGACCCCACCCACGCCCCUGCCAUAACGAGAACUAGAUUAAUGAUCUUUGUAGUCUAUCUGUGUGUGAGGGUUACAGUUAUUCAAGUGUGUGUACAAUGAUUAAUGAGUCUUUAACUUAAUGAUUUGAGGUUUGAUGGUUAUUAUUCGGUGGUAGUUUUUAGAAUUUCUGGUUUCUGAACAUUGAUUAAUACUCUUGUGUAAUCAAGCACAUUUUGGUGAGGGCAAAUUACUUAAAUAUAACAUGUACACUGUACAAUUAGUUAAUGCCUAGUAGACGAAUUCGAUUGGAAAUGAAUGGACUGAAUGAAAUACAGCGUUACUCGCUACAAUCAUGUUGUUUGUUGGUUACGGAUAUAGUAGCAGGUACUUUGUAAUUGAAAAUAUGAUCUAGUAAUUUAUUAUUUCGUUUAUCCGUAUGUUUUGUAAUAAUGAAAAUUUAAAGUGCAGUGGGUAAACGGAGAACAACAUGAUUUAUUGGAGGACAGGAUUUGUUUAACCGUGAUUAAAGAGUUGGUAACACUGUUGGUAACACUGUUGGUAACACUGUUGGUAAAUACAUAAUAAUGUUUAAUUAUAAUUAUGUUUUCAAUAUGUUGCUGAGUGUCGAUAAGCUAGGUGUUACGUUAAUUUUUCAAAGAUAAGAUAAAUUGCUGAUUAUUAUUUUUUGUAUAAUAAAUUUUUGAAAUUGUAUUACAAUAUAGUGAUUUUGUUCAAGAGUGAUUGUACACAAAGAUCUAAUUGUAAAUUGUUUUAAUCAUUGUUAA